AUGGCUCUGCCUUUGAGAAGCCCCGGGCUGCGUGCCAAGAUUCAGCUGCCCCCGUCGGUCAUUACACGCGUUGGCAGGGCGUCGCGGUCAGCCGCCUUUUACCAAUCAACAGCGCGCUUACGGCAUCGCCAGGAGAGACGUCCCGAAAUACUCCGAUUGGCGCGAACGAGAUGUUCAUUCCACUCUUUGACGUAUCGCAGAGACUCAGCAAAGGUCCAAAGUGCUACAAAUCCACAAAAUACCGGUGAGCUCUCAACGGAGGGCAUGGUCCAGUGGCUUCUGGACAAUCAUGGCGACGCGAAAUGGGGCUGGGUCAUUUACAGGUGCACCUACAAGCCGGAAUUAGAGGACCGCUGGCAGCAAUUCAAGCGUCUUCUGGAAGAAAACAUACGGGAGGAUAUAGCCGCGUCUGAUGCGCCUCAAAUUGCCGACAGUCUCGAUUGGCCCAUUAUCGAGGACCCCGAGCUCGAGGGCGCCUCGCACGAAGCGCUGAGACGCAGGUGGAGGGAGUGGGUGCGAAAGGAAAAGCCCAAUGUCAACACUGAAGACUAUGCCUGGGACCGAAGCUCACGCCACACGUAUUUCAUCCAGGUGGAUGAUGAAGGACUCCGCAGCGUCCUAUAUGAUCCCCACGAUCCGGGGGACCCAAAUAAUCAAAUGCGUCUCAACAGCGGCUACGUGAGCCUGGUCAAGGGCUGGAAGAAUCCCCUCUCGCCCGAGGAGGCGACUAAUGAGUUUGGGGACAUUGAGGACAAUGAGGACUGGAUGCACAUUUGUGCAGACAUGGUUGCGCCUUACUUUUACGUAGAGGUGGAUGACCCCGAGUCGUGGUAUACAUUUUACAGUCCGCCGCCAGGCGGCGUCUGUAUUUGGUAG